AUGCCAAAUCCAAAGCCGCCUCAAGGCUUUAGCCCGGCUCUUAGUGUCCGGCCCUUUUCUCAUCUAGUCUGGACAACCCUCAUCACCAACCUCGCCUACCUCCCCGGCCUCCUCACCCUCAACCACUCCCUCCGCGCCGUCAACUCAAAAUACCCCCUCGUCGCCCUCUACACAGACACCUUCCCCCAGGCCGGCCACGACGCCCUCAAGGCCCGCGGCAUCCCCUCCCAGCGCAUCGACUACAUCCUCCCCACAAACGGCAAGGACUACUCCAACGACCCGCGCUUCUACGACUGCUGGAGCAAGCUCGUGCCCUUCUCCCUCACCCAGUACUCCCGCAUCGUCCAGCUCGACUCCGACAUGCUCGUCCUGCGCAACAUGGACGAGCUCAUGGACCUCCCCCUCGACGACCCCAAAGUCAGCGAAUCCGGCGACAUCUCCUCCUCCAAGCGCGUCUUCGCCGCCGGCCACGCCUGCGUCUGCAACCCCCUCAAGAAGCCUCACUACCCCAAAAACUGGAUCCCCCAAAACUGCGCCUUCACAUCCCAGCACUCCGACCCGGAAUCCGCCCAGACCGUCGCCGCAGAUCCUUCCGUCGGGCCCCUCGGCUUCAUGAACGGCGGCUUGCAAGUCGUCAAUCCUUCCGCCGCGCUCUACGCCCAGAUCCUCGCCCACAUGGAGGCCGACGCCGUCAACAUGGACUUUGCCGACCAGUCGUUGCUGUCCGACCUGUACCGCGGCCGCUGGGUUCCGCUGCCGUACACGUAUAAUGCGCUCAAGACGCUGCGCUGGGACGGCGUGCACGCUCAGAUCUGGAGGGAUGACCAGGUGAAGAACAUUCAUUACAUCCUGAGCCCCAAGCCGUGGGAUGAGAUCAACGACAAGGGCGAGUGGACGGGGACUGAGGAGUCACACAAGUGGUGGAUUGAUGCCAAUGGCGAGAGAAAGGCUGCUGAGAAGGAGGCCAACAUUAAGGACGGAUUUUGA